AGUAGAACUCCGAUUACCCGCGAAAUUAAGUGGCAAAGUCACCGCGGAUAUCGAAAAUCACUGACAACGCAUUAAAGGACUGAAAUGAGGUGCAAACUAUGCAAACUUAAGCUACCCAUCCUUAUGGUCACUAUCACUCACUGACAAAUUUCGGAACGCGUUAUAAAAUUAUCUUGGAGCUCACGUUCGCGAACCAUCCGCUAGCAGUAAUCGAGGUUCUCCUGUGUAUCAAAACACAGUUAAAACACAUACAUACUUCCUAUGGAGAGAAGUAGAUUCCACUGAGUGGUAAAUCCCAAACGUCUUAUCGUCUUUGCGGCUAGCAUUCGAUGGGAACCUGUUUUGAAGCGUUUUUUUCCUUACGUUCUACCGCUGAUCAUCAACGGAGCGUCCAGCUCUACUCAAUCAGUCUGAUUCUGUUAUUCAGCUCAGAAUGAUUACUCUGAUAACGAUUGCGUUUUUGUUGUUGCAGUUUAUCGCUGUCGAACCAUCGAACAAGUUUGAAGGUUGUUUGCAGUACAACACAAAUCACGGAUAUGAGCACCAGCAUCCGUACUUCCCAACGAGUAACUUCCAGCACGUAAAGACCAACGAAAACGAUGUAAAAAUUAUGCGCUUCGGUAUUCUCGGGAACAACGAUGGCCACAUUCGAUUAUCACCAACCAUGUAUCCAUACGAUAAAACCGAAAUGAACGAAAUUGUUCUGUCUGGAUGGGCCAAUACUAAAACCGUAGCCCGCCGCUACACGCGAGUCUCGCCAAAAGAGCGCAUCGAUCGGAUUAUACUUAAGGAACAAUCCAGCAUCGGUAUGUUGUCAGUGUUCGAACCCUUCAUGUUCACGAUGGCAGUGCAUCCCAGCGGGCUGGUGCAGCUGACUAAAGAUGGUGACUCAUAUCCGUUCCUCGAAUUUCGUGAUCCGAAAUUAUCAUCGAAAUACAUAGGAUUUUGCAAUUGGGACGUUCCACUGGUGUUCUUCUACGAUUGUCCACUGGAAGUGGAUCAGAGAGGUUGUAGUGGAGUUGUGUUCAGUAAAUGAAGCAACAUCGGCUUAGGACAAAUAUACUCUACUCAUACAGUAAAAACCACGUUGAAUCACUGUGAUGUGACUCCUCAGAAAGUAAAGUCGUUUGAUUAUUGUUUGACCUUAGAUAGAGGCAAGCACUCAUGGUAUUUUUUUAAAUAGAAACGUGAAUAAAAUUGUAAGCUCAU